CCUCAGCCAGCUAUUGUUGCCAUCUCACUACCCAUUACCCAUGGUGCACUGCCAAGUUUCCAUGGGUUUCUCUGCUGUCAACAAACACGGCCAAGAUGUCCACGAAGGCUGAACCAAAUAAAUCAGAACACUCACAUAUGCCAGCCUUCUCUGUGAGACAUCCCAUGAUUCCAAAGCUCUACGUUAUGCCAUGGAAACAGGACAUGAAAAACCACAGGCUUUUACUGAAGAAUGUGUCUCUGGCCCAGAUUCCCCGUGUGGCUCAUGAAGAUAGUCUGUUUUUGGAAAGCAGUGAGCGCCUUUGUCAUGGGCAGGACCGAGUCGGAGCGCUGGAUCCCGCCACCCCAGGCCUGCCUCACACCUGCCUCCCGCCCCCCACUGCCUCACACCUCUCCAGGUACAACAGCUCUCUUGCUACUACUCGGGGGUUAUAUGGACAAGCCCCUCCCUGACAUUCUAAGAAGACUUUCAUCACGUGUCACGGAAGGUGUUCUCCGGGACUAGGAUGACGUCCGUGCUCCCAUUUGUUCACCUUUUGCUGUAUUUUGUUUCAUUGUUUUGGCACGGGAUGUGGGACACAAUGCAUUUCACGAAGCAUUUGUCACAACUGCCUUUUAUGAUGUGAAGAAAAGAGAUUGUACUAGUCACAGAAUA